AUGGUUGCCGACGAUUCAAAACUCUGGAAGGUUAUCCACAACGAAGGUGAUGAAGAAAAUCUGCAGGUAAAUUGGCGCCGACUCGGGCAAUGGUCAAACGAGUGGCUCCUGCCAUUCAAUGUCGCCAAAUGCAACAUAAUGCGCUUCGGUAGUACCAACACUUCGUAUCGGAGGAUGUACCCCCUAAAUCGUAUGCCGCUGCCAAAUAUAGAGACCCAGAAGGAUCUAGGGGUGUGGAUCACGCCUUCAUUAAAACUAUCACUCCAUUGCUUGAAGGUGGCCAAAUCUGCAAUGUCCACCUUGUAUCUCAUUAAGCACGCCUUUGCUAAUUUCGACUAA